AGCAAUUGUGAAGAGAUCACUGAAUGUCUCUCUCUGUUUUUAAGGAAAUUCUCUCAGGUGUUACUCGUAACAAGAUUUUUGUUUUUCAGAAUGUCUCAAGACUUAUCAUCCACGAUUUCUGAGAAAUUGAAACUUAUUGGCUCUGUAUAAAUAGGAUGAUCAAGUUUCCUGUGUAGGUGUUGGCCAUAUACAACUAACUGUAUAUGCUUCCUGUAUAUGCUUCCUGGUUUCUCAGUAACUACCCAUCCUCCUCACUGAAUCCUAAUCCCUAAAGCCUUUCUAAUUAAAUUGAAUUUUCUUUCUUCUGCAGAACACAAGCAGAUAUUUACUUUCUUCUGUUGAACACUUCUGUUUUCCAGACAUACUGGUUUUGAAUGACAUGAGGGUAAAUAAAAGAUGAUAUAAUUUUCAUUUUUGUGUGAACUAUCACUUUAUGAAUGUUGGUUAAACCUAUACAUUUAUUGCAAUUCCUUAUUAAACCUUCCUUGAUCUUUCAUUGGCAUUAAAUUAAGUAUAUCAUGUAAGCUUAAGUUUCUGUUUCAAGAAAUGGGUAUAUUUCUGUUACACUUUCAUUUUCUCAUGAAGACCCUCCCCUUUUGAUAAGCUAUAAAAUGGGCACUGAAACAGACGUUAUUUCAUUCUCCUCCUGAUCAAAGAUGGAUCUGCAAAUCUCAGUUUUUCUUCUCUUCAUUCUUUUCACUGCAGGACACUCUCUCAGCUGUUAUGAGUGUAUGGGUCUGACAGGUUCUUGUGCAGAUCAGAAGUUAAAAACAUGUCCUAGUGGAUCUUCUCAGUGCAUGAGUUCAACAGCUGUGGCACAAGCUGGUGGCACUAGUGCUAAAGUGAAGAUUAAAGAUUGUGCUCCUGCCUGUCAAAGUGGGUCCCUGAACUUAGGCACUGCAAAGACGACUAUUUCCUGCUGUAACACAGACCAGUGUAACCUCCAAGAUGCUCCAGAUCCCUCUAAUGUCCCCAAUGGAAAGACAUGUUUCUCCUGUGAUGGACAGAGCUGCUCAACCAUUUUGAACUGUUUAGGGACUGAAGACCGCUGCAUUACAGCAACAGCGACUUCUGGAGGCCAGUCAGUUUCUGUAAAAGGCUGUGCAUCUAAAUCUAUUUGUGGCACCACAGCAUCAGUUAGUGAUUUUGGGAGCUUCUCAUGUUGUGAGGGGAACCUGUGUAACGGUGCUCAGAGUGUCUCCCAGAGCUUCCUGUUCCUCUGCUGUUCUCUGCUCUCCUACUUCCUGCUGCACUGAAUCCAGCAGCUCUUCAUCCUACAAUAAUACAUAUAUCAAAUCAUCUAUCAGAGGAAAAUAUUAGAAUUAUUUCUUUAUUGAUUCAAUACAUUUUUUGUAAAACAAUAAUUGUGUUCUCAAUAUCAGGAUUUUCCUGUUCAGUUAAAUAUCACAAAUGCAACAAGAGAAAUAAACAGAUAUUAUGAUAACAUUUUACAAAUACUAUGUUUAUCAUUUUACCUCAUGCACAUCAUGCAAUUAAAAGUUUUGUAUGUAACUCAGUUUUUGUUUGUGUUGAUUAUUAUAUCUGACAAUAAAUAGCAAUUUGAUAGUUUGAGCUCUAUUAAUAAUUGUUAUGGCUUUUCUUUAAGCAUUUGUCUUUGAUAACAGGAGUGAGCAAGUUUUUCAUGUGUACAGAUUCCAUAGAAGCAAACAAUGUCUUUCUUUUGUUCCAAUGAAUAAACAUUGCCUUAAAUCCA